UUCUCUUCCACAACAUUCAUCUCAUCUCUUCUCUUCUCUUCUCUUCUCUCCUAUUCUCUCUCGCUGAUAAUAGCGUUUCUUGAAGCAGAGAAAACAAAAAUGGCUGGUUUUUCUUCUUCUUCUUGUUCAGUGGCGGUUCUGUUGUUCUUCUUUCUCUUCAUCAGCUUCACAGAAGCUAGAGACCACUUGGUCGGCGGCAAACCUGACGCCUGGAAAAUCCCUUCUUCUCCUUCCGAUUCUCUCAAUAACUGGGCCCAGAAAACUCGCUUCCUCCCCGGUGACUCUCUAGUGUGGAAAUAUGACGGCAAAGCGGACGCGGUGCUGGAAGUGAGCAAAAGGGACUAUGUGACCUGCAACACAUCAAUGCCGAUUGGGGCCCACAGCGACGGGGACACGAAGAUAGUGCUGGAGCGAUCCGGGCCGUACUACUUCAUCAGCGGUGCAGAAGGGCAUUGCCAGAAGGGGCAGAAGGUGAUUGUGGUGGUUCUGUCUGAGAAGCACACCAGGAAGUUCUUGACGGCGGCGGCGCCUUCCCCGGCGGAUGAGGUUGAAGCUCCGGCGGUGGCUCCGACUAGCGGGGCUGUGGGAUUGAAGGGCAGCUUGGGUGUGGGAUUUGGGCUUGUGGUUGGGUUGUUGUUUCUGAUGUGAGAGUGAGACAUUUAGAAUUUUGGUAGAUUUCCAUUUGGUGUAUGGAGUUUCAUAUUCUUUAAUUUAAUUCAUUUAUUCUGAUGACAUUUUAAUUUAAUGAUAUUAAUAUAU